AAAAAAAAUUAUAAUUAUUACAAUUAUUUUUAAUUAAUUUUUUCCAUUGCAUCUAGAAUCUAAUUUUAAUUAAUUAAAUUGAUUUUAUAAUGUUUGGGUGAAGUAGAUUAUUUAUUUAACAAUAUUUAAAAUGUAUUUAGUCAGUUUAUGUUACUAUGAAUGCUAACCAUGGCAACCAAAAUUAUUUAAUUAUUAAAUCAAUAUUUAUGAUUAUAUUUAGUUAUUAUAGUUUUAUUUAGUUCUUUGUCUAACAUUCUUUUAGAAUUUUGUACCUAUUUUAAUAGUAUGAAAGUUACAUAUUGUACUGAUGUAGAUAGAUCUGUUGUGUUGAGUAAUUUUGAAAAGAGAGGUUGGUUACAUGUUGGCCCAGAUGAUGAUUGGAAUUUUUAUUGGGCUGGUAUACAAACAUGUCGUAGCUUAUUUAGUAUUGAUAGUGGUUAUCGUAUGCAUGACAAUCAACUGAUCAAUCAUUUUCCUAAUCAUUAUGAAUUAAGCCGUAAAGAUAUGCUCGUUAAAAAUAUUAAACGCUAUAGAAGAGAACUAGAACGAGAAGGAAAUCUUUUAGCUCAAAAAUUAGAUGGAAAAUAUCUAUAUCUAGAUUUUAUUCCAGUAACUUUUGUAUUACCUGCUGAUUAUAACUUAUUUGUUGAAGAAUACCGUAAAUCAGGGCCAAGUACUUGGAUAAUGAAACCUGUUGGAAAAUCUCAAGGAACUGGUAUUUUUCUUAUAAAUAAAUUAUCCAAAUUAAAAAAGUGGUCCAGAGAAGGAAAAAACAACAAUUUCAAUGCAUCAACGAUUAAAGAAUCUUAUGUCAUUUCAAAAUACAUUGAUAAUCCUCUAUUGAUAGGUGGUAAAAAAUUUGAUCUGCGUUUGUAUGUUUUGGUAACUUCUUUUAGACCUUUAAAAGCAUAUUUGUUUAAAUCUGGAUUUUGCCGUUUUUGUACAGUAAAAUAUAAUACAAGUGUUGGAGAAAUUGAAAAUUUAUUUAUUCAUUUAACAAAUGUUUCAGUUCAGAAGCAAGGAGAAGAGUACAAUAGUAUACAUGGUGGUAAAUUAAGUAUUCAAAAUUUAAGACUAUUCUUAGAAAGUACCAGAGGUAAAACCAUUACAGAAGCCCUUUUUGAUAAUAUUGUAUGGCUUAUUGUACAUUCAUUAAAAUCAGUUAGUUCUGUUAUGGCAAAUGAUCGUCAUUGCUUUGAGUGUUAUGGUUAUGAUAUUAUAAUAGAUAAUAAUUUAAAACCUUGGCUAAUUGAAGUAAAUGCUUCACCUUCAUUAACAUCAACCACAGUAAAUGAUAGAAUUUUAAAAUAUAAAUUAAUUGAUAACACAUUAAGUGUAGUUUUACCCCCUAAUGGGAUUCCUGAUAUACAUUGGGAUAAAUGCCCUUCUUUAGAAGCUAUGGGUAACUUUGAGCUCUUAAUUGAUGAGGAUUUAAUUAUUAAAGAAAAAUAUUCAACAAAUAAAUUUGAUCAUAAAGACAAAUCAAAACGUAAAAACUGAAAUAAUAUGUUCUCAGUCAUUAUGUAUUUGGUAUAAAUAUAUUUCUAUAUAAAUAUACAUAUAUAUUAAAAAUAAUAAAUGGAUAUAUAUCAUUUUCUAAAUAAAGAAAAUAACUAAUUUCAAAAAAAAUAU